AUGACUUCCAUCUCGGGCGUUGUGCCAUACCUGACUCGUACAAACACCAAUCAGUCAAAUAGCAACGGCCAAAUUGGCAGCGGUACGGGCAAUGGGAAUCAACGCGCAUCGCUAUCGUCUUUUCCGUCGUCGCGCUCGGCCUCGCAGAUGUCGCACAACUCGAUGUCGCGACCAUCACGGUCACCACAACCGCCGGUGACGAUAGACACGGAUCGGACGUCGAAUCCGAGUUCGAAGUCCAACAAGACGUCAUCAAUUGGCAGCCGGACGGCGUCAUCACAACAUUCGUCACUCUCCGCCCCACGACGUUACAACCCUGAUGCUCAUUCGUCGAGGAAGCAACGGUCGCAAUACCCCAGGGGCUCUAGCGACAACCAUGUCGAAUACAUACUGGUCGCAUCUUUCGACAUUGACCGAGGUCCGGUCAUGGAGCACCAGUACCCCGUGGCCAUAACGGGAGACGAGCACAUGCUAGCCGAGCUGAUGUUGCCUGACCAGGCCCACGUUCGCAACCAGGAUUGGACCAUCUUCUUUCUGCACAAAGAUACGAGCCAGGAAGAGGACGAGGAGGAGCAAAAGGCCAAGGCGGAAAGAAAGCGGAGGAGGAAGCGAAGGCGAGACAGGGCCGCCGGCAUAAUUGACGAAGAUGACGAAGAUACCAUCAACGAAGAAGACGAGGACGAUUCCGAGGACGAUGAAGAUGAUGACGAUGAUUGGGAUGACGACUCUACUGACAGUGAACCCGAGGGCGGAGAAGGUCCGCCAUUGAUAUAUGUCCUGAACCUCGUAAAUACAAAACAAGACAAGACGGUGAAAAGAGGAGCCGUGGUCAAGGCCAUGGCCAUCUGUACGCGGCAUCCCUUCUUGCACAUAUAUAAGCCUCUUCUACUGCUUGCCCUCGAGGAGUACUUCAAGUCUCCCGUUCCAGAAACACUGUCCAUGCUCUACGAUGCAGUCAACAAUAUGGACCUUUCCCUAAUGCCGAAACUAAGCCUACUUGAGAGACAACUUCUGCUGGCAAGUGACAACAGGGAUCUCUUUGUCGAAAAGUUCCAGCGGAUGAUCGAAAUGCGCAUGGCUGAGGACGGCAGCGGCUCAGUCACGGAGCCAUUUGAUGCCAGCAGGAGUCCGCCUAAGCCGCAAGGCAUAUCGCGGGCUGGGACGAAAGGACAUCUACAGAGCACGGCAGGGUAUGCCAUUCCUCGUGAUACCCACGAAUUCGAGACCAAAGUAUUGUACAAGGGUAUCCCAAUCCCCGUCAAAGUGCCAACUGCGGUUAUGCCGGAAACUGUUGGUGACUUCUCUCUCAUCAAGCUCAUACAGACCUUUUCGGAUGCGCAUAACAAGUCAAUGCAGCCAUUCCCACUGCAUCCCCAUCUUACCACUAAUGGCCCUGGGACACAUCCGAUCAUGGUUUUGGCGAAUGCGCUUCUAACGCAAAAGAGGGUCAUCUUUCUCGGCCACAAUAUGCCCUCGGGCGACGUGGCAGAAGCCGUACUCGCAGCGUGUGCAUUGGCAUCUGGGGGCGUGCUUCGGGGGUUCACUAGGCAUGCUUUCCCUUACACGGAUCUUACCAAAAUCGACGACUUGCUCAAGGUUCCUGGCUUCAUUGCGGGGGUCACAAAUCCAACUUUUGAACUUCAUCCAGAAUGGUGGGACCUUCUGUGCGACAUCCCCAGUGGGCGGAUAAAAAUCAGCAGCAAGAUCGAAAACGCCCCGAUUACGGAAGGGCUGGUGUACUUCCAACAGCAGAAUCCAUCCUACGCCAAUCUCCCCGGCGGUUCUACCGUAACUACGGUCGACCUGACAGGGGACAUGGUGUUCAUGAACGACAUCCUCAAGAGCGUUGCGGCCAGGCGUGGCGAACGAGUCAUCCGGGCUAAGUGGCGAGACUGGGUCGUCAAAUUUACCCGGAUUGCUGCAGCUUUCGAGGAGAGUGUAUACGGCGCCAGCGCGUUGCAUAUAGGCGGGGAGGAGUACGAGAAACACGAUUUGGGUGCAAGUGGGCACGGCUAUGUGUGGGCAGAUGACGUCGCCAAACAGAAGGAGCUUGCCGGCAACGUCUGUAGGAUUGAGGGCUGGAGAAAUACCCGGAGUUACUACAGCUUCAUCCAGGACCUCGCCCAGAUGUACACUGUUCGACCUCUGAAGGGUCUUGACCUACAUCACAUGCACGACCGUCUGCGGACACAACGUCUGAGCCCGCCACAAAGCCGGGAUGUUUACAUGGCUUUUUCAAAGUACGUCUACUCGUACGACGAGAUCUGUCUCCUGCUAUCGGUAGCCCCCGAAUCCCACGCCGGACUGUUCUAUCUAGCCCUAGGUCUUUUCCACAAAGACAGAGACGUGCGAAUCAAGACGGCCGAUCUUUUGGAGCGCAUCAGCGAGCACGAAGCGGGCCAACAUUGGUGGCGCGGACUUAGUCGGUUCGAGAAACUGGCCUUCCACCGCAUCCGGAGGGAGGCCGAAGCGGAGAUGAGGAUUAAGCUGGAAAAGGAGGGGUUCAGUCCUGAGGUAGAAAAGAGGAUCAGCUAG